GAUGUAACAGUCGCCGCAUCGCCGUGCCUUUCAGUCGUUCAAUGCCUCCGAUGCGUGCGUAUGUUUUGUUAUUUAUCGCGCAAGAACCGUUCCUUCGCAUUCCGCCAGUUCUACCGCAGCCCGAAGGCUGUUUUCACUGAAAUUCUUCACUAUUUAUCGCAUGUGGCAUGUAGAUGGAAAAGUGCAUCCAAUCACAGCACGUGUAUUGAGCUUUUUUUGUGUGCUCGUAAAUGAAACGUGAGACGGCGAAGCUACAGCUGUAGUAGUCUAUUUAUAUUUUUGUUGACUCCAAAUGGAAGAAUGACCACUAUUCUAAUCGCUGUAAAACAGGUUCUGUCGGUUGUCGAUCUACUGUGAUUGUUGCAUCCGCUCGCUUGGUUCAUUAGAUUUUGAUGACAAAUCGAGUGUGAAGUUCGGAUGACACGCUAGUGAUACAUGGUCUGUUAACAGUAGACGAACGAUAUCUCGCUGCAUUAGUCAGUGGUUAUGAGCUUGUACUCUGAUUCCAAAGUCCGCAGCGAGGACGCCGUCGACCUUAUUUGGCACGAAUAAUAGCCGAUAAGAAAGAAAGCGGGCUGAAAAAAAAAUCAAUUGAUUAAGUCGUAGCUUAUCGCACUCCAUUCAUACGCCUGUGGUUGAUUAUAAGCGCGGAAUUGGCAGGAAAAUCGUCAUUGUAAUCGUAAUGUCGGACCAUAUUAGAGCAGCGCCGAUCGAUAGCGGCAAAGGCAAUGGCGGGAGUGUAUCUAACAGUGCAAUUCUACCAACCUCAUCCGGUAGCGAACAUGAACGACUCGCAGAGACGCAAAAAGUACCCUCUUCCGAUGAUUUAUAUCUGUUCGACUCACUGAUUGACCUAUGCCGGAAUAAUAUUAAAUAUUUUGCGAGUGAUGAAACGGAGACUGGACUAAGGAUCCAUGGAGCUUUCGUGGGAUUGAUUGAUCACAUAGAGACGGCAAAGCCUUUGGUGAAGGAAGUCCACGAAUUUGUGCAUGAGUAUGAUUUUGACAAGGAUACUCCGGGAAAUGGAUUCAGAAGUUUCCUGUACGUGGUUGAUUGCUGUGUUAAGACAACUCUCAAACUGGCAAGAUAUGUAAUGGAGAAUCGAGGAACGAUACUGUUCAGAAAAGCUAUCUACGUAAAGGAAGUUGAAGCAUACAAUCAUUUGAUGGCCAGUCUAAACACAUGCCUCAAGCACUGUCAUACGCUACGAGAGUGGACAACCUCUGGAGAACUGUUCCCAGAAGGACGAUCGGUUGAAGAACUUCUGGGUAAAGCGGAUACAAUCAACCAGUUCUGCUUCUACGGUCGAUGCCUCGGGUUCCAGUUCUGUGAAUCAAUGAAACCAUUGCUCAAGUUCAUUUCCAUCGGAAUGGCGGGCUUUUCCGAGGGAUAUUAUUCCGAAGGCGGCAAAAUCUCCAAAGCCACAAGUUUAAUGUAUACAAGUACCAAAUACAUGCUGGAACCGGAACUUCGGGCUCGACGAAUUGUUAACAUCUCGCAACACUCCAACGUGGAUUUUUGCAAAGCAUUCUGGUUCCUAGCCGAAUCUGAGCUGAUGCACUCUCUGCCGUCCUUUGUCGGAUUCAAGGUAAAGGUCAGCCGUGUGAUUACCAUACCACCGGAGCCCAUACAACUGAAAGCGGAGAAGUCCGAUGAGAUAAUCAACAUCCCAAUCCCUCAAAGUCAUGGUGGAGCAGGUCCAGUCAAAGCACGACUUAUCAGCGCAGUGAAGCGCAAAGGAAUGAUUGGAGAGAAAGUCAACACACGCAGCACCAUUCACCCCCCGUCCAAUGGAUUGCUCUUUCACUGCCACGGAGGAGGAUUCGUAGCUCAAAGUUCAAAAUCUCACGAGGCGUAUCUACGAGAGUGGGCUGUUACGCUGAACAUUCCGAUCCUAUCGAUUGACUACAGCCUCGCACCGGAGGCACCCUUCCCGCGAGCUCUCGAAGAGGUGUUCUACGCGUAUUGCUGGGCAUUGAAGAAUUGCGAACUGCUGGGAACAACUGGAGAGAAGAUCAUCUUCGCCGGAGAUUCUGCUGGUGCCAAUUUGAAUCUGGGUUGUGCCAUGAAAUGCAUUGAGACGGGCGUUAGACGACCGGAUGGCAUAUUUUUGGCGUACUGUCCGGUUCUGAUCAGUUUCGUCCCUAGUCCGGCACGGAUGCUGUGUCUGAUGGACCCGCUGCUACCGUUCGGUUUCAUGAUGCGCUGCUUGAAGGCUUACGCGUGUCCGAGCAAAGAAGUGCUCGAACAAAACCGAAAACGUCACGAGGAAAGACAAGCGAUUAUAAAUGCCGGUCGUAAGGUUUCGGAUGAAGUACCGAAAAAGUUGGAACUGAAUGGAAAUGCUUUCGGUAAGGCCAGUGAAGACAGCAAGUCUGACCAUUCUGAAUCUCCGGAAAAUUCCGCGUGGGACCAGUUGAACAGCUUGAACACUAUACAGUUGAACAAUCAGCACUUGAGCCCAAUGAGUGACACCGUGAGUGAUACGAUAGCGCUGCAAGGUCAAACCGUUGGUAACACGAUUGACCUGAUGAGUCCCGACGAGAGCAAUACCAUUACAUCGCUGGAAGAAGAUUCGCAACCAAUCACACUGCAGCAGGUCAAUUUGAACACGGAGAAAAGCAACGUAACAGUGAUGGACGAUUUGGAUAUGGACUUGCCGAGCGAUAUGAGUUCGGAGCAAAAUACCAACAAAUAUGUGUCGGAUUUUAUAGAAAGGUAUGUGCUGGACACAACCACAAAUGCAGCCGGAGAAAUCGAGCCAGUUCUGAGACCGAUUUCCAGAUCAGCUUCCGAAGAAAACGUCGUGCUAGAUAUCGGAAGGGAAACAAUCAGCGUACAAAAUCUGCAAGAUAAAGUAUCCAACGUGGCCAGCAACCUGGUGAAUCGGGUGUCCUCGACGUUCAAUGCUAUCACCACUUCGAAACCGAUUGCCACCAGCGGAUCGCAGUCCGAGUUCCAAAGCAACCUGGAGGCGCUGAUCGCUCGCAGUCCUUCGGACGAAUUCAUCUUCGAAGUGCCGAAAGAUUCCCACAUGUCACCGUACUGGGCCACGGACGAAGUGUUGAGUCAAUUCCCUCAGACAAAAAUUUUGACGGUUGUGUUAGAUCCUUGCCUGGACGACUGCGUUAUGUUUGCUAAAAGACUGAAGAAUCUGAACAAUCCGGUAUCACUGGAUAUAUUGCCGGGGCUUCCACAUGGAUUUCUCAACUUUGCUUCUAUAUCCAAAGAGGCUCACGAAGGAUCUAAACUGUGCGUCCAACGCAUCGCAGAAAUGCUCGAAGUACCGCUGCCAACGGACGAUGUCGCUCCCAAAGCGUGUUGUUAGCAAUUCCGUCGCUGCUUCACUGGGUCAAAGCUUUUGUUUCGCAAAGGUAGUGAACGCAUCGAUAACGUUUAGCAGCAUACUGUACCAUGGUUACACAUUGAUUAACUAUACUAACUGAUUUUGGCUCUGAAUGCAGCUACUUUAGAGAGGCUAUUUAGUACGGUGCUAAGUCAUUACGAGAACAAUUUUGUACGUCUUGUAGUGUCUUUGCAUCGUCGCUUUUUAUAAUGCUAAUAGAAUACAUGACUGGCUGUAACUACAUUAUUGCAACAAAUGAUAUUGAACCUUUGGAAUCUUCUUUUGGCAGCAUACGUAUUGUUAAUAAAUCUUUAAUCGAUGGAAAUUUGAUUUCCAGUCUGAUUAUAAAUUGGCCUUCGCUUAGGGUCCAGCAUUGUUUGCAAACAUAUUUUCAUAUUAGAUAUAUAAGUAAUUGAUUGUUGUUCUGAUGAUAAGUAAAACUGAAAACGCCCGUGUUAAUUAAUGAUAAUUGAUUGCCAUUAGCUCAACAAGAAAAAUCGCAAUAUUACACAGCGAAGCAAUACAGCAAACACACUAGAACAAAAAGCCAACAGAAACUUACAAUUAAAAGUCAAUAGCCAGUAAGCAAUCUAGCAAAAACAAUCUACCUUAUUUGUGUUACCAGACAAAAUAAAAUGGAUAAUCAAUACCAGUUGUGAAAGGAGAAAAAAAAAUCAAAAACCGAUCCACCUUAUUUACAUUGCUCACAUAUUGUGCCCAAAACGAUGUUACUAUUUUACGCGAAAACUGUGUGUUUCAUUUGUGUGCAAUUGGCUGUAAUUGUUUAAGGAAAAAUGUUACCGAAAUAUGUUCUAUCCAACUAUAUGUGCUAAUAAAACCAAAGACAUGAUGUUUGUACUACAACCCUACAACAGUGUAUUGACAAAAUUGCGAACGAAAAAAUAACGGUGUAUGCAAAUGUUUUAUUUUAUUAUUUACAACUUUUUUACCAGGUUUAAGGGAAAGUUCAUCACUAUAAAACUAUUUACAACUGACAUUAUUUUAAACAAAACAAAGAACAUACCAAAAGGAACACAACACAUUAACAUGUAAAAUCAUUGUACCUACUAUUGCGUAACACACAUGUCAGAUAUUACUAUGACCAUUAUUGUUGAAGCAGAUAGAGAACAACAUCUCACGUUACCUACACACACAUUUUGAACGUUGAAUACAAUUUACAAUUGUUACUUUGGUAGAAUGUAAGUCCUUACAAUUAACAAUUCUUACAGUCAAUAAAGAUAACUUUGUAAAGGAA